GGAAGAUUUGGAAAUGCACUACAAGCAGCAUCUCAUUCCGAUGACUUGAAUAUUGUGAAAUUCCUGGUAGAACAAGGUUCAAAUAUCAAUGCUCAGGGAGGUCAAUUUGGGAAUGCACUUCAAGCUGCAUCAUAUAAAGGCAACUUGGACAAUAUAAAGUUUUUGGUGGAAAUGGGUGCAGAUGUCAAUGCUCAAGGAGGGCAAUUUGGGAAUGCACUCAAAGCAGCAUUGCAUUCGGAAGAACCAGAAAUUGUUGAAUUCUUAAUUGAGCAGGGUGCAGAUGUUGAGCUACAGGAUAGAGAAUAUGGAAACACCCUCGCCAGCACAGCUGCACAAGUGUAG